AUGACUCGCCCUCACCCUCUACAUUCAAUAACAGCAGAGGAGAUUACCCAAGCCUCCACCUUGCUCAAGGCCAUUCUCCGAGAGAGACAUGGGCCUGACUUCAAGUUCAGGUUCAAGAACGUCAGCAUCCAGGAACCCCCCAAGGCCCUGCUUCUUCCGUACCUCGACGCCGAGGCCGCCGGCGUGGAUGCCAAGCACAGGCCAUUCGUCCCCCGUUGCGCCGACAUUGUCUGGACGUCUGGCAAUGAACGAACACUCUGCCAAAGCACCAUCAGUCUCGACAGCUUCACUGAAGUGGUGCGGAUCCAGGCUGCCCCUGGGCAACAUUCAUCUCUUGACAGAGAUGAAAUGCGCAAAUCAGCACGCAAAAUAUUAGAUGAUGUUAUUGUCAAGGAGGCUAUCAAGAAUCUCAACCUUCCAGAGUCAUGUGUAGUCCAGUGCGAUUGCUGGCCAUACGGUGCCGAUCGUGAUUCAACCCUGGAAACUCACAAGUACAUCCAGGGUCUUCUCUACGCCCGUGCCCCCAAUGGGCACCCCGAGAGUAAUCAGUACUCCUUUCCCCUUCCAUUCUCCCCUGUCCUUGAUGUCUUUGAGGAUCAGAUUGUGCGUCUGGAGCCUCUUGCUUCAGGUGGUAAGGAGGACGGCCUCAAAUAUCACACUGCCGGAGAAGAACCCAUGGCACACUGUGCAAAGAACGAGUAUUACCCUGGAUUGCAGAGCUCAAAGACACGCGACGAUGUAAAGCCAUUACACGUUGAACAGCCCGAGGGACCCUCAUUCACAAUCACCGAUACCAACUGUGUAUCGUGGCAGAAAUGGAGGAUCAGGGUCGGCUUCAACUACCGAGAAGGCUUGACCUUGCAUGACAUCAGAUACGACGGCCGCCCCAUGUUCUACCGUCUGAGCAUCAGCGAGAUGACAGUUCCUUACGGAGACCCCCGUAGUCCCUUUCACAGAAAGCAGGCUUUCGAUCUCGGUGACGCCGGUGCCGGAAGCACAGCAAACAACCUGGCACUAGGGUGUGAUUGCCUUGGAACGAUCAAGUACUUUGGCGGGUGGCUCAACAACGAGGACGGUGAGCCAGUUGAGGCAGGAAACGUCAUCUGUCUGCAUGAGCAAGACGGUGGUAUUGGAUGGAAGCACACCAACCAUCGCACACAAGGCGUGGCCAUCACAAGGGCGAGGAACCUCAUAUUCCAGAGCAUCUUGACGGUAGGAAACUAUGAGUACAUCUUCGCGUGGAUCUUUUGGCAAAACGGCAACAUCGAGAUGGAGACACGGGCGACUGGCAUUCUCUCGACCUCGCUGAUCGACCCCGGUAAGACAUCUGAAUGGGGCAAUGUCGUCUCUGCUGGUGUCUUGGCUGCAAAUCACCAGCAUCUGUUCUCGCUCCGUGUCGAUCCUAUGCUUGAUGGACACAACAACUCCCUAAUCCAGGAGGAAUCAAUCCCAGUGCCGCAAUCAGAGGAAGAGAAUCCUCACGGCAACGCAUGGCGCGUGGUCAAGACACCCUUUGCCAAGUCAGGAUUCGCCGACGCCUCCCCCUUCACCAACCGCUGCUUCAAGAUUGUCAAUGAGUCGGUGCGCAACCCCAUCUCAGACAACCCCGUCGGCUUCAAGCUCGUACCACAGCCAUGCCAGCUGCUCCUGGCAGGCCAGAACUCUGUCGUCCGCAAGCGAGCCCGCUUUGCAGAGCAUCACAUGUGGGUAACCCGCUACCGAGAUGGCGAUCUGUGGGCGGGCGGCAGGUGGACGAAUCAGUCACUCCAAGAGACAGAUGGCGUGGCAGACUAUGCAUCCAGGGAUGAAGAUGUGCGAGAUCAGGAUAUUGUGAUUUGGCAUACUUUUGGCAUGACACAUAACCCGCGAGUGGAGGAUUUCCCUGUCAUGCCUGUGGAAGUUUCAACUAUUUCCCUGAAGCCGGCGGACUUCUUCACUGCGAACCCUGCGCUCGACGUGCCCCAAAGCACGCAGGCAGUGAAUAAGAGUACACUGGUGGUGCAGUCGCAUCCAGUUGUCAGCCACAAGUCAUCUUCUUCAUCGGCAGGAUGCUGUCAUGCAAGGUUGUAA